UUAUUUACUAUCAGACAUUAAAAUGUCAUUACUUUCAUGUUAUUGAGGUUAUUCAUUAGUGUAACAUUAUUUGUCCUAUAUAUUUUCUUACUCAUAGUGAAGACAGCAAAGAUACUCAGGUUUAUCCAAUUCAUCUGUGAUGACAGUAAUGUCAAUAUACCCCAUGUUCCUCCCCCUAUGAGAGACUAAUCCAACUAACCCUUAAUCCAUGUUAAUCCCAGGCGGCUGUUUGUGAGCCUUCGAUUUCAAAGGUUUGUGGUUCCUGUCAUGCCAGUAGUGAAAGAUAAAUGAUGUCUACCUGGUAUAUGGACGGUGCUGAGGAUAACCGAGGUGUUUAUACAAAACAGGGACCAGAAGGACUGCUACAGAGUGAGCGCAGGAGGAUAAAGCUGCAGAGUGACCUUGUGACCUUACAGAGGGAUCAGCGCCUUAGCCGCGCUGUGCAGCUGCAGAGCCGGUGGCAGGAGCUGAGUGAGAGAGAGCAUCAGGCGCAGCAGCAGAACAGGCAGCUGCUGCAGGAGUUUGACAGAGCCCAGGACACUCUGAGAGACAUGGUCACCCGCAACGCCGCUAUGAAUACCAUAAAAGUGGAGUAUGAAAGGUAUCUGGAGGAGAGCUUCCCUCGCUGGCAGCAGCAGCUCAAACAGAAGACACUAUCUGCCCAACGCAAGCGAUUGGAGCAGCACCUGAAGGAGUGUCUGAGGAGUAUGGAGGAGGACAAUGCUGAAGAGAGGGGCUCCAGACCCCCCAUUGGAGCCCAACCUCCACUUUCUCCAUGUCAUGUCCAACAGCUCCAGAAUGCCGCUGCGCAUCAAGAAUACCACAACCAAAAUGGCCACCAGGACUACAUCCAAAAUGGCCACCAUCAUCCCAGCAUCCCUUCAAUUCAGUCCUCCUGGUUGAUUCAUGCUCGUUCCCAAUUGGUUGAUUCCCAAACCAGAAUGCACUCCAAACUCCAACAAAGAGACAUGACUCACCAACCCGCUCACCGCCUCCACCCCUAUGACCCCCAGUUCCUCUACCCCCUCAGCCUUACCCUGUCCAGCACCCUCAGUCCCUCUACCCCCCUCAGCCUUACCCUAUCCAGCCCCCUCAGUCCUACUCUAACCCCAGUAAACACCACAUUGUGA